AUUAUUAUAAUAUUUCCUUUAUUUUUUUAUAAAAUUAAAAAUGGCUGAUAACGAUGGAUACAAUCAACACAAUGAUAUGAAUGAGUAUAAUGAACAAGGAAAUAACGAUCAUAAUGAUAAAGAAAAUUAUUCAAUGAAUGAACAGGGUUUAAUGGAUCAAGAUGAACACCAGAAAGAAAUGAACGGAAGCGGUGAUUCAUCAGGUAAAAGAGAAACUGUUAACACCACCAAGCGUGACGAUGACGAGAGAAAAUUGUUUAUUGGGGGAAUUAGCUGGGAAACUACCGAAAGUGAUUUAAAAACAUAUCUUGCAAAAUAUGGUAAUGUGGUAGACAUAAAUAUCAAAACAGAUCCUCAUACAGGAAAAUCCAGAGGCUUUGGUUUUGUACUUUUUGACAGUGUUCAAGGAGUGGACAAUCUAAUUGCAACUGGUCCUCAUGUUGUUAAUGGUAAGCAAAUUGAUCCUAAAAGGGCUAAAAGCAGACCUGGAAGAGAAUUGUUAAGAAAGGUUUUUAUUGGUGGUAUGGACCCUGCUACUACUGAAGAAGAAAUUAGAAAUGUUUUUGUGAAAUAUGGAGCUAUUGAAAAAAUUGAACAACCUUUUGAUAAAGUAAGAAAUCAAAAACGUAAUUUUUGCUUCCUAACUUUUGAUAGCCCUGAUAUUGUACAAGACAUUUGUAAAAAUUCUAAAAUUUUGAUUAAAGGGAAAGAGUGUGAUGUUAAAAAAGCAACACCAUCUAAUAAAAAUGCAAAUCAACCUCCUCAAAUGACUUACAACCAACAAAACCCUCCAUGGAAUCCAUAUUCUGCUUAUUACCAAGGUUAUGCUAACUAUGGAAAUUAUGAUUAUGGAGGUUACUAUCCUAAUGCUAAUUUUGAUUAUUAUCAAGGUUACUAUGGGCAACCACAAGUUCCACCAGCACCUUUAGCUCACCAAGGAAAUGGCGGAAAAGCAAAACGUGGUGCAUCAGGCCAUGCUUCUAAUUACCAUCCUUAUUCUCGUUAAUUAUCUAAAAAAAUUUUAAAUUAAACUAAAAUAAUAUUUAAAAAUUUUAUUUUUCAGAAUAAUAUCAAUAUAUUGUGCUUGUUUUUAUCAUAAUUCAAACUAUAUGAAAGCAUGAAUAAAUAUAUAGUUUACAAUUUUUAUUCUAAAAUUAGUUUGUAAUAAAAUAUUUUUAUAUAAAAAAUUAUGUUAAACAGGUCGACUAAAUGUUUAUACAUCAUUCAUGUAGUUAUUUAUCA